GGCUAUAGCAGUCUCUAGGAGAAUUUACAGAACGCAUUGUGGCACUUUAAGCAUAAUCGUCUGCAGAGCGGCACUGACACCUCAUCGCUUCUCUCCACAGCUCCUGUAACUAAACCUGUUGCUCAGGGUAUGGCAAAGAAAGCAGCCACCGAGCACAUGGCUCUGUGCUUCUCGGUUCUACUGAUUUGUCUGUGGUCAAUGUUGCCACUAGAUGCUGCUUCUCUUUGCUACAUCUUCACUGUUGGCAAGUCAGGGUCUGGACCAUGGCAGCACAAAGUCCAAGGCCAACUGAACGAAGAGACUUUCCUUUCCUACAACAGUAUCAACAACUGUCAUGUGUUUGGUGUUCUGGGGAUCAGACUGAAUGCCACAAAGAUCUGUGACAAACAGGUUGACACUCUGAAAGAUGGAGCUGACCUGAUCAAGCAGCAAGUGAUUCGCAUGAAUAAUAUAAUCAGAGAGCCCCUCACUCUGCAGGCCAAGAUGCAUUGUUGGCAUGAUGGAGAUGGACAUUUCAAUGCAUCCUGGGACAUUGGCCUCAAUGGACAGAAAAUACUGCACUUUGACUCAAGCACUGGGAAACUGACUGAAGU